UUGAAAAUGUACUGAAAAAAUACUGUAAAAGUACUGAUUUUUGGCCAGCCUGUUUUAGUAGACACCCUGGCCAGUUUCUCCCCUCCUCCUCUCCUCUGUGACCUCUAAAUUUUUUUAAGGCUUCAGUUAAAAUACCGUCCCGAUGUCGUCGUCCAGGAGCAUGGAACAAAAGACGUGUAAAUUCAAGGACCCUCCCUGUAAUAUUGUGGCGCAAAGAUGCUUAGGUACCUGAUCUGCGGAGUCGAGCACUGGAGCUGAAAUCCAGGCCAUGAUGCGUGGAAAUUGGAGUUUUCAGAGUCUGUAAACACCUUCCCGUGGAAUUUUUUACUGAGGAUGCUGACCGUAAUUUGGUAUAAGGUAGUUUUAACAUUCGUGCUGAUUCUCAUCCGGCUGUCAGCGGGCUUGGCGCCGGUCCUGAUCACGCUUCACAUCAAGAAAUGGACGAAAACGGAUAUCUGUCAUCAGAAGUGGGUGGACCAAACGUUGUCGAUAAUCUCGAACGUGGGAGGCGGCGCCCUCCUGGCAACGUGCUUCAUCCACAUGAUCCCGGAGAUCCGCGAGUGUCUGGAGGACCUGCCGUCGAUCACGCUCGUGCAGAAGGACCUGGCCUACGCCGAGCUCCUCGUCUGCGUCGGCUUCUUCCUCGCCUACUUCCUCGAGGAGACCGUCCACUACGUCCUCGCCAACCGCGGGAGCGCCACCCUCCCCCGCCAGCUCGCCAGCGACUCCCCCGUCCAGUGGGCCGUCAAGACCAACACCUGGUUCGAGCGCAUGGACCACGACUCCAACCCUGACGCCGCCCUCCGCAAGUCUCAGACCAACGCCUGGUUCGAGCGCAUGGACCACGACUCCAACCCUGACGCCGCCCUCCGCAAAUCUCAGGUAGGUCCUGAACCCGACGGUUGA